UUUCAGAUUUUACAUGUUUUGGGUUCACCCUCGGAUGAAUUCAGCUUCAAGUUAAACAUGCUGUAUGGGGGUUCGUUUCACGAGGAAAUGCAGUCUCCAAAAUAUGAUUAUCAUUUUGUUUACGCCCUCGUGCGACCAGCUGGUUCCUGGUCAUUUGCGGAAAGACUUUCUGAUAUCGUGGAUUUGACAAAAUUGGAGGAAAGAGGAAACAGUCUCAAGAAGAUGGACAUCACUGCCGCCUUGCAGCACAUUAAACAUGUGAUACAACCAGAUAUGGCUCUACUCCAUUUUGUUUGUUUAAAAGGAAUGACAACUUACAGGUCAGAUCUCUUACUGAGGGUUUUGUUAGUUUUAAUUUGAUGUAGUUUGUCUCGUCUGGUUUUAAUGACUAACUCCGUGACUUUUGCGUCAUUUUGCGAGUUCUUAUAAAUUGUUUAUUCUCGUGUUUUGCACGGAACAAGUUAGUUUACGCGAAUUGAGUCGUUUGUUUUGCUACUAAACGUUAAAUCCUUACGUCUGUUGAUGAUCUUACGCACUGUUCUACGCCCCUGGGCACACUUCGAUUCUUUUGAUAUUGCAAAAGGAUCAGUAAAUAGAUCUCUUUCAAAAUGGCGCACAUGAUUUUCAUUCAUUGUGUGUAUACAAAUUAGCCUUCAUAGCCUUCCAUUUGAAAGAAAACUUCAUUACUUUUAGAAAUAUUGUAGAGAACAGAAAGGUAACCUUACACGAAUCAAAGAGAAUAGUAACUGAAGUAGUUUCCUCCAUACAAUACAGAGAUCUCUUAUCUUUACUACUGACAGAGGCUUUUCGUUUUCUUAUCCACAGGGCGCUCUUUGAUGCAUUGGAUAUUCCAUUAGUGGGUGGAUCAGUAGAGUCGCGAUAUCUUUCCAUGGACAAACUCAUUACACGCGGUGUUUUGGUCUCUUACGGCGAUGUUUCAUGCCCUGAUGGAUUUAUUUACCAAAAAGGUAGAAGCGACACUCUUGUAAGGGAAAACGAUAUUUUUAGAUCCCUUUUUGAACUCCUUCCCAAGCUUCUGUGCUCCGCUAUUUCCUACGAAUGAAAAAUAAACCAUUUGGCUAGCGAAAAAAUGUACAUAACACUGAGUAGCUUAAGGUGUUGGAAAACGGACUUAUAGAAAAGAGAUCAGUUUCAAAUUGGACCCGACUCAUACCUUACCAAGUCUUCCCUCUCUUGAUAGCACCACUGUGAAUUAAAAAAGUAAUUGUAACAAUUUGCAUUAAUUUUACACCGUUUUACUAUGAGACUAAGAAGCUUUGUUGACGCUAGUAACUCACCACCGACAAAUAAAAAAUGAUUGGUAAUUUAAAUCGGAUUGACUUUGAGAAUUCUUUUGCCACAGGUGAUCCUCUAGAGUCUGAACAAGUUAGGUAUCCAUGUGUUAUCAAAGCAAGUCAAGGAGAAGACACCAAAGCAGUGCGAUUAGUGAAAGACUCCAAAUUGCUCAACGCAGCUAUUGAGCAUGCGUUAUCGUAUUCAGACCAUGUGAUCAUUGAAAGGUAGUAUUGUCGUUGAGUAAGUGUUGCAGUCGAGGAAGCGUGUAGGAGUGAACAGUGUUUGGCUGUUUUGACCGUGAUGAUAUUGAUAUGCCGAUAGGCCAAGUUGUUGUCAAGCUUAUAUAUGAAGGAAACUGUAAGUCGGAUCCAAAAUCGGAUGAAUCUGACUUGUCGAUGAAAGCAUUUGUUUAAAUACAUGGAAGCAUUCAAAGUACUUGUGUAAAUUUGACUGUAAGUGACUCAAAAUACGAGGAAACCUGUUUAUUCACAGCCGUUUUUCUUGAAAAAAGUUUGUGCAUCUCCUGAAAAAGCCUUAAAGCUUAAGUUUGUUAGCUCUUAGAUCAGAUGGUUCUCAAUGAGGUUUGAGACAUGCAUGAAUUAAAAGAAAGCAAUUUUAAUUGCUUGUCGAAAGUAAUCCGAGUUGACAUUAGUUUUUUUCUUCAGUAUGCUUUGUAAUUGGUAAACAUAAUCGUACUACCUUCUCGACCAAUCAAAUGGUAAAGCGAAAACCAAUCCCGACUUGGUCGUUCGCGUUUUCCUGUGAAAUUGGCUUGAAUUGUUAAAAAGAAACAAAGGGUCAGUCUGAAGUACGAAGUAAGUUUUGGCGGGAUACUAAACAAGAGGCUGCAAAUCUUACUAGUGUACCAAGUAGGCUUUAGACUUUGAACAAGCUAUUUCGGAAUGCAGACUUGUGGGGCUUUCCUGUAACAUAGUAGAUUACUCUAUCAUAAUAAUUCGACCCCUCCUUUGUAUUCACUGGAGUGGGGCUGCACGCCUUGCGUAGAGACUAUGUGUAAUUUUGCAGCCUUAUGACGUUUUACAAUUAAAAAAAUUAAUCCUAUUCAAUGAUUUUGUAUUUCGUUUCCUCCUUAAUUUUUUUUCGGCAGUUACAUAGAGGGACGGGAAAUUCGCUGCGCUGUUGUUGAAUCAGCAGCAAAUGGAGAAUUAAAAGCUCUGUCGUGCAUCGAGUAUAAAGUACGAGAAAAUGACAUUCGAAGAACUGAAGACAAACUCAGCUGCAAUGAAAAAGGAUUACCUGUUGGUAAGUACUGGAGAUAUACGUCUUUAAUUCCACCAACAACACCGGUAAUUAACAUAUGUGCUACGAAGCCACAUUUUCAGGGCGUCGUCAGGCUACUUGGGUUCCCUGCCCAUAAAUUUUUUGAAUCCCAAGUAGCGGAGGUCUUGUAUGCGUCACGUGAUCCCACAGCAACCGUACGUAUGCCGCCAUUUUGCAUACCAGGUAAAACAACAUGGCGGUCGUCGAAGGCGAUUGCGUGCAAUCUUUGCGAGGUUAUUACGAUUCCCUUAGUGCUGAGAAUAAAUAAAUGAAAAAAAAAGAAAAAAAAAACGGCGAGAGACUUAAAUGUUUUGCAGGAGUAGAUCCCUGCUCUACAAGUUAUGGCAAGCCAGUCGAGAAUUAUUUCUUCGAGUCGAAUUCUGACAGCUAGUUGAGAAUUUUUCUGAGUCGAAAAUCUUUUCAUCAAGUCGAGAAUACCCGAGUUGCCGCCAAAACGAUCAAACGAUAGGGCAGUUUGUAGAUCUGUUGGUUACGUAGCCUUUUUAUACAUCAUUGUCGUUCUUCAAGUUGCUGACGGUAAUGUGAAGGACUUGGAGAGGUUUCUGUUGUCUAUACAGGAUUGCAUUUCCCAUAUAGAACGACGCACAGCUCCAGGAAACGAGAGAAAAAUGGAAUGUAAACACGAUCGCUUGGAAGGCUUUGUUGAAAUAAUCGCAGCGUUUUCUUUAGUUCUCGCCAAUGUCCAAGGCUUUUUAGAGAUAAAAGUGCUGGUUGACGACCUUCCACACUUCUUGCGGGAGUUACUAAACCACAUCAGGCAUAAAAAUACUGCUUCUUUUCAAGUCAGUGCUGAGUUUCGUAGUGUACCUUACCGCGAAAGAAGUUCAUUAGGAAGACCAAAAUACAACAUUGCAGCAGAACGAAUUGAUGUAUUUCGAAGCACUGGUAUGCAGUAGGCAAUUAUUGCAAAGUGUUCAGGUGUUAGUGCCAGGACUCUGUUCAGAAGAACAACAGAAUUUGGUAUUCUUGAAUACAGCGAGGUUAAUGAAGAGGAACUUGAUUGGAAUGUAAAAGAUAUCUUACGAAUAACGCCUUCCUCUGGUGAAACGUAUGUACGAGAAGCUUUAAGACUACGUGGUAUUUAUGUUCAGAGGUGAAAAAUCCGGGAAGCAUUACAAAGAAUUGAUCCUGUAAACCACGCCAUAAUACACAGAUAUGCAAUUCAACGACGUCUGCAUAAUGUUAAAAAACCAAACCAUUAAUGGCACAUUGACUCAAAUCCCAAGUUAAUCCACUGGAGGUUUGUUUUGCACGGUUGCAUUGAGGGGUAUAGUAGAGCAAUAGUUUACAUAAAGUGUUUCACUAUCCACCUAGCAGGUACAGUAUUGCAAUACUUCAUGGAUGGAAUAUAAGAAUUUGGAAUUCCAUCACGAGUUUGAAGAGAUAGGGGCGUUGGAAACGUGAAUGUUACUCGAUUCAUGAUUAAUCAGAAGGGGCUAAAUAGAGAAAGCUCCAUAGCUGGAUGCAGCAUGCGCAAUCAAAGGAUAGAGAGGUUUUGAACAGAGGUUAACAGGGUUGUUUCCUCACUUUACGUUGAUCUAUUCAUUUUUAUGGAAAUUACUGGCAUUCUUGACGCACAUGAUGAUUGUGAUUUGUUUGUCUUUUACUAUCUUAACGUUCGGGCCAUUCAGGCAUCUUUGGAUGAGUUUAUUUCCCACUGGAAUCACCAUGGUCUACGUACUAUGGCAAGCACGUCCCCCCCUGGCACUCUGGUACUCUGAGUUUGUUCCCUCUGGGGUGGAUGACAUUGAUAUAGGUAAUAUUUCCCUGUAUGGUGUUGAUCGUGAUGGACCUGUGGCCAGUACCGAGAGAGAUAACACGGUUUCUGUGCCUGAAAGCAUCAUUCAACUGACAAUCAAACAGAUGACAUAAAAUGCCUAGUGUCUGAUCCACUGGCAGACGAUGGCAAUCAUAGAAUUGGACAUUACCUUGCCAUUGCUAAUUAUUUAAUUAACAGUACCGUCAGCAACUUGAAAAAAGACAACAACAGAUCUGCAAACCGCCAUAUUGUUUGAUCAUUUUGGCGGCAAAUGACGGCAUGACAUGUUGGGUAUUCUCGAUUCGAUAAGAAAAAAUUUCGAUUCGACAAAAAAAUCUAGACUCCAGAAAAAAUUCCUCGACUGAUUGUCAGAAUUCUGGACAUGAAGAAAUUAUUCUCGACUCGGCAAAAAUAUUCUCGACUCGAAGUAAAAAUUCUCGUCUGGAUGACAAAAUUCUCGAAUUCAGGAAAAAAUUCUCGGCUCAGAAAAAAAGAUUCUCGACGCGAAAAAAAAAAAAAAUCUCGACUCGAUGAAAAAAUUCUCGAUCUCUUUUGUCCAUUAUAGCUUUCCAUAAGAAGUAUCUUUGUGUGAAAAGCGACCCCAAAUUAUAGAUGCCUCCGAAGAUGAUGGCUCAGUGCAAAAAAAUUUAAUCUAACAAACUCAGCAUAGUCUAGAUUCGCCAGCUUCAAUCUAAGGCAUAUUACUUUUUUAACAGAUAAGCUCAGAUACGUCAACAUUCAUGUUUUUCCUUUCCCCUUUUCCUUAAUUCCUACGUUCUGACUUUCCGUUUGUUGGAAAAGUUCUCGCACAACUUUUCGUUUCUUUUUCUGCCUUUCGUCUGCUUGCUUUUUUUGUUCAAGUGAGGACUGCGAACUUGGCUUUAGGACAGAACUCGAGUGAAUAUUUAUCUCUCUUUUAGAUUAAACAAUUUGUUCGGUAGUCAGAAGACUUGACCCGUGGCUAUGCCCCACGUUAGCACGUUUUAAAUUGCGAAUUUUUUAUUUCAAAUAACAUAUGAAGUGAUUCCUCUGAGACUUCUCGAUUACUAUUGUCUUAAAUUGCUGCCUAUAACAAGAAACUCAUCCAGUAGUCAUCAAGUAUCUUCGUUAACACUCAUGAUACUUUUUCAGGGGAAAAGUUUUCAACCAGACUGUAUUAACAAUUUGCUUGUUUCUGUGUUUGUUUUCAUUCUAGGCAAAUCUCCUGAAAAUAAACCAUGGUUCCUUGAUCCCAGUAAAGAGGAGAAGCUGAUUCAUCGUAUUCAACAACAAAGUUGCCGAGCUUUUCGAGAGUUAGGUUUACAGGAUUUUGGUGUAUUCGACUUCCGAGUCGACAUUGAAGGAAAUCCAUUCUUCCUAGAAUGCAAUUUAUUCUGUUCCUUUGGUCCACAGAGCGUUGUCAAUAUAGUCGCCAAGGAUUCAGGUUUUACAGAUGAAAGUUUGUUUGACAUGAUGGUGGAGAAUACUUUGCUGCGCAAGCGUAAACAAGAGAAUAACAAUGUUAAUCUGUGA